AGUGACAGAAGGGCUAGAGCACAAACAAAGUUGAUUGAAAUAGUUCAUCGUCGUUUUUUUAAAAAGUUGUUGCUCAUUUUUUUUUUAUCAUUCACUGAAAAAAAAAUAUUCCACACAUCAAAACACGUUGCUUGUUAAAUUCAAAGGAAAAUUAGUUGAAAAAUAUUGCAAUAGUGAAAAUAAUUUGUUUGUGAAGUUUGAAAUCAAAGCGAAGUGAAAAAGUUGCAUUCGUCUGGUGGUGUAAAGAAAUCUGUUGUUAUUCACUGUAUAAUUGAUUGAACAGCGGCACCAACCAAACGACCAGGAGACUCGCAAGAUCGAAUUAAAAAAAUUUUUUUGGAAUAGUUGAGAGGAAAAUAGCGGCAACCAAAUGGCGAAAGUACACAUCACAAAUGUUGUCGUUCUCGACAAUCCAAGCAGCUUUUUCAAUCCAUUUCAAUUUGAGCUCACUUUCGAAUGCAUUGAAGAACUGAAGGAAGAUUUGGAAUGGAAAAUGAUCUAUGUCGGUUCAGCUGAAUCAGAGGCUCAUGAUCAAAUAUUGGAUACAAUAUACGUUGGACCAGUGCCGGAGGGACGACACAUUUUUGUUUUUCAAGCUGAUCCACCAGAUGUAACCCGCAUUCCAGAGCAAGAUGCUGUCGGCGUGACAAUUGUACUGUUAACAUGUUCAUAUCGUGGCCAAGAAUUUGUUCGUGUUGGUUAUUUCAUAAAUAAUGAUUAUACCGAUCCGGAGCUGAAAGAGGUGCCACCACCAAAGCCAAUCUUUGAAAAAUUAACGCGAAAUAUUUUGGCGACAAAGCCGCGUGUGACUCGUUUCAAAAUCAAUUGGGAUGAUUCAAGCACAACGACCAAUGGCGAUAUGAACAUGGAUGAUGCAUCAAAUCCAGAUGUCUUCGACGAAAAUAACCAAGCGACAAUGGAUGAAGACGAUAACAAUGGCCCCAGCAAUGGUGCUGACAUGAUAAUGGAUGCACGUCUAAAUGAAAACUCAAAUUCCCUAGCCAUGGAGGUUUGAGAAUGAUGCAUACGAAGCAACAACAACAACACCAUACCGAUGCACAGUCAGACUGAUUGGAUUCCAUCGAUAAGAUUUUCUUUGAAUUUGAAAUACAUAGCAAUUCUUUCUUUUUUUGUACUGAUGAGAAUAAAAAACAAAUAUGAUGAUCCUUUUUUAAGAACUUUAUAAGAAUAAAAUAAAAAUAUUCAUAAGAGAGACAAA